UCCUACAUUUCAUUACGUAAAUCUCUAUAAAUAUCACUCUCUUGAGAGCUUAUGGAUCUCAUCCCUCUCUGAAAACUCCUCUGUCUCUAAUCUUUCUGAUCGUUGUUUUCUUCCCCAAAUCUCACUUUUACGUACAUCUUCUUUCGGACAACCAGAUUCAGGUUCAAUUCCGUGAUUGUUGGAGACUUUUUUUUUUUUUUUUUUAGGGUUUUGCGAGUUGGAGCUCACCUGGGGAGGCUGAGAGCUAAGUAAUGGCGAAUAGGAAUUUAGAGAAAUUGGCGUCCAUCGACGCCCAAUUGAGGCUUUUGGUGCCUGCGAAAGUUUCUGAGGAUGACAAGCUCGUAGAAUACGAUGCUUUGCUGUUGGAUCGAUUUCUUGAUAUUCUUCAGGAUUUGCACGGGGAGGAUCUUAGGGAAACGGUUCAAGAGUGUUAUGAGCUUUCUGCUGAGUAUGAAGGAAAGCAUGAUCCCCAGAAGCUGGAGGAGCUGGGAAGUGUAUUGACAAGUUUGGAUCCAGGGGAUUCCAUUGUCAUUGCUAAAUCGUUCUCAAACAUGCUUACCCUCGCCAACUUGGCAGAGGAGGUUCAGAUUGCAUACCGUCGACGGAUCAAGUUGAAGAAAAAGGGGGAUUUUGUUGAUGAGAACUCUGCAACAACUGAAUCGGACAUUGAGGAAACUCUCAAGAGACUUGUGGUGCAACUGAAGAAGUCUCCUGAAGAAGUUUUUGAUGCUCUGAAGAAUCAGACUGUAGAUCUGGUCUUCACUGCUCACCCUACCCAAUCAGUUCGUAGAUCUUUGCUUCAAAAGCAUGGAAGAAUACGAAAUUGUUUAGCUCAGUUAUAUGCCAAAGACAUCACUCCUGACGAUAAGCAGGAACUUGAUGAAGCUCUUCAGAGGGAGAUUCAAGCUGCCUUCCGUACAGAUGAGAUCCGGAGGACUCCUCCGACCCCACAAGAUGAAAUGCGAGCAGGAAUGAGCUACUUUCAUGAAACAAUUUGGAAGGGUGUUCCUAAAUUUUUACGCCGUGUUGACACAGCUCUUAAGAACAUUGGGAUAAAUGAACGUGUUCCCUACAAUGCCCCUCUUAUUCAAUUCUCUUCUUGGAUGGGUGGUGACCGUGAUGGUAAUCCAAGGGUAACUCCUGAGGUCACAAGGGACGUUUGCUUGUUGGCCAGAAUGAUGGCUGCUAACUUGUACUAUUCCGAGAUAGAAGAUCUCAUGUUUGAGUUGUCUAUGUGGCGUUGCAAUGACGAGCUUCGAGUUCGAGCGGAUGAACUCUACAGAUCCUCGAGGAGAGAUGCCAAACACUACAUAGAGUUCUGGAAACAAGUUCCUCCAAGUGAACCUUAUCGUGUUAUUCUUGGUGAUGUGCGGGAUAAGCUCUAUCAGACACGUGAACGUUCUCGUCAUAUGUUAGCCCAUGGGAUCUCUGACAUUCCUGAGGAGGCAACUUUCACCAAUGUUGAGCAGUUUUUGGAACCUCUCGAACUUUGCUACCGAUCUCUUUGUGCUUGUGGGGACCGGCCCAUUGCUGAUGGAAGUCUUCUUGAUUUUCUAAGGCAAGUUUCUACCUUUGGGCUCUCACUUGUGCGACUUGAUAUUAGGCAAGAGUCAGACCGGCACACCGAUGUUAUGGAUGCCAUUACCAAGCAUUUGGAGAUUGGUUCCUACCGAGAAUGGUCUGAAGAACGCCGGCAGGAAUGGCUUUUAUCUGAACUCAGUGGCAAGCGCCCGUUGUUUGGUCCCGAUCUUCCAAAAACUGAAGAAAUUGCCGAUGUUUUGGACACGUUCCAUGUCUUAGCAGAACUCCCAGCAGACUGCUUUGGAGCUUACAUCAUCUCAAUGGCUACUGCACCAUCUGAUGUGCUUGCCGUUGAGCUUCUGCAACGUGAAUGCCAUGUGAAGCAACCAAUAAGAGUAGUUCCGUUGUUUGAGAAACUUGCUGAUCUAGAUGCUGCUCCUGCUGCUGUUGCUCGGCUUUUCUCGAUUGACUGGUACAAAAACCGUAUUAAUGGUAAGCAAGAAGUCAUGAUUGGUUACUCUGAUUCUGGUAAAGAUGCUGGGCGGCUUUCAGCAGCAUGGCAAUUGUACAAGUCUCAAGAGGAGCUUAUAAAAGUUGCAAAGCAAUAUGGUGUGAAGCUUACUAUGUUCCAUGGUCGAGGAGGGACUGUUGGCAGAGGAGGUGGCCCCACACAUCUUGCUAUAUUAUCACAACCGCCUGAUACAGUUCAUGGAUCACUCCGUGUUACAGUUCAGGGUGAAGUUAUCGAACAAUCUUUUGGGGAGGAACACUUGUGCUUUAGAACCCUACAACGUUUCUCAGCUGCCACACUUGAGCACGGGAUGCAUCCCCCAGUUUCCCCAAAACCAGAAUGGCGUGUACUUAUGGACGAAAUUGCUGUUGUUGCCACAGAGGAAUACCGUUCAAUAGUUUUUAACGAACCCCGAUUUGUUGAGUACUUCCGCCUUGCCACACCAGAGUUAGAGUAUGGUCGGAUGAAUAUUGGAAGCCGUCCAUCAAAACGAAAGCCAAGUGGGGGCAUUGAAUCACUGCGUGCAAUCCCGUGGAUUUUUGCAUGGACUCAAACCAGGUUUCAUCUCCCAGUAUGGCUUGGCUUUGGUGCAGCGUUCAAACAUGCCCUUCAGAAGGACAUUAGAAAUCUCCAUAUGCUACAGGAAAUGUACAAUGAAUGGCCAUUCUUUAGGGUGACCAUCGAUUUAAUAGAAAUGGUGUUUGCCAAGGGGGACCCUGGUAUCGCUGCCUUGUUCGACAAGCUCCUUGUUUCAGAAGAGUUGUGGUCAUUUGGAGAGCGUUUGAGGGUCAAUUAUGAAGAAACAAAGAGCCUUCUGCUCCAGAUUGCUGGACACAAGGAUCUUCUGGAAGGAGAUCCAUAUUUGAAACAACGACUCCGCCUACGUGAUUCCUAUAUCACAACGCUUAAUGUGUGCCAAGCCUACACACUCAAACGUAUUCGUGACCCGAACUAUCACGUCACGUUGCGUCCUCACAUCUCCAAGGAAUAUAUGGAAUCCAGCAAUGGCAAUGCUGCUAAUGAACUUGUGAAGUUGAACCCAACGAGCGAGUAUGCCCCUGGUUUGGAAGACACCCUCAUCUUGACCAUGAAGGGUAUUGCUGCAGGGAUGCAAAACACCGGUUAAAGCUUAUAUAUAUAUUUUGCUUAUGUUUUUUACCUCGGUUUUUUUUUUUCCUAAUGAGAUGGGGUUCUGCUCGUCAAAGUAUAUAUGACGCGCGCAGGAGUUAAUUAUGUUUUCUUUAUCUAUCUCACCUGGGAACUUUAAAUUAUCUUGUCACUGGAACCUUCAAUUUCAUAUUGCUGUGCUCUCUAAUGCAAGAACUGGUGGUGGUGGCUAUAUUGUCAUUUUCACAAGAAUGGAACUGAUUGUUGUGCUUUUA